AUGGACGCCUUGGCGCUCCUCUCUGGUGAGGAUGAGUCCGAGGACGACGAUGACCCCGAGGACGCAGAAGAAGGCGCGGACGCGGAGCCCGAGGCUGCGGCUGCACAGAUCGACAUCGGGAGUUUGGAGCGUGCGGGCUACAAGAGCGGCUCGCUACGCGAGUCCGAGCUGUACCACAGGGAGUGGGCCAAGGCCAAGGCGAGCAGCGCCCCCCCGCCCGAGACCGCAGAUCCAGCGGCGGCGGAGGCGGGCGGGCGCGCCGAGGAUGCGCCGGGCUCGAGCCAGCUCUCCCGGGCGGCUGCCAUCGCCGCCGAGGCGGAGGAGCUGAAGCAGGCGGCGCUGCGGGCGGCCGAGCGGGACCGCAAGCGCGCGGGAGUCAACGCCGGCGAGAGCAACAGGCAGAAGAACGCGCGCAAGAUGAAGAUGGGCCAGGCGUCCUUCUCGCUGAAAGACGACCGGGACUGCACGAACCCCUUCGUCGACAGCUCUCACGCCCCUCAUGUCCAGGGCUUCUCUGGCAAGCGGGUGGACAAGCGCGCCUCUGUCAAGCAGAUCAGCAACUUGGACUUCACGUCCUGA